GAUGGCUGUGUGACGUAGCUACUCGUGUCAGCUUCCUGUUUACCGCCUGGUGUACCUUCAGACUGUAGUACACAUAUUACAACACCACUGCUGGAGCUUCCAUCCACAACAACAUAUGCACCACUGUGGCCACGCAGCCACACGACUAUUGUAGAGCUUUAAUCCGUUUAUCCCCAUCGGCGUGGUUACUAAGGAGACAUGAAGACGUGACAUUGGGGAAACCCGAACAGGCCCGGGAAGGAUCCUGGAGAUUUCCUGACUCCAUCGGACCAGAGUUCAGCAAACUGGUGCUGAGAGUCGGGCAUCGCUUAUUUCACGAAUGCAAACAAAACAGUGGGGAUGAUCAAGGAGGAAUACAGAGGUCUGAAUAUUGUCUGAAAUGAGUAGCUAUACGGGUAGUUAGAGUUAGCGCGAACCACCAACCUAAGUCUGGAAAGCUGAACUAGCCUGUUAGCUUGUUGUGCUAACUGCGAUAACAGGAGCCGUGGUGUCAGCGGAUGCCUGUGCGCGCUGGCUGACGGCUUGUUUUCUGAGAGUGGAGCAGCUCGCCGGUGCCCUGAAUUCAGGAAGACUCCCCGGCUCCGGCCCCCUCAAGCGGGCAGUCAGGAAGAAGCUGGCUGAAAAGGGAUGGCCUGCUCGGCCUUCCCGUUCCAAAGGACAAGGCUCUGCGGUGUUUGAAGGAGGUAGAGUUCGGCUAGAGGCCACCACCACGGGUCGAGGCGCUAUGAUGGCCGCCUGCCCCUCCUCGGCCGGCGGCUACCCAGCCUCCGGUCUGUCGGUCAGAAAAAGCGAGGAAAUAGCGGAUUUGAUAGAUCUGUUUUCUAAGAUGCAGUACAGAGCAAAGGAAGUUACUCCUCAGGUGGAGGCAAUAGAGAAGCGCUGUCUGGAGUUAUUUUCCAGAGAUUACAAGUACAGCAUCAUCCACAACGCCAAUGGAGAAGUGUGUGGCCAUUACCCCCGGCAGAUAGUGUUCCUUGAGUACGAAUGCACAGAUGUGGAGAGAGACAGGUUUGAGAGCGCGGUGCAGAUCAGUAAGCUGCAAGACCUGGUGAACCGAAGUAAGCUGGCUCGCUGCAGAGGGAGGUUUGUCUGUCCCGUCAUCCUCUACAACGGCAAGCACAUCUGUCGCUCGUCCACUCUAGCAGGAUGGGGGGAGUUGUAUGGACGCACAGGCUACAACUACAUCUUCUCAGGGGGCAGUGAUGACACGUGGACUGAGUCUGAGGAGCUUCCAGAGGAUGACAGUGCAGUCAGGAACGGGGACUCCCAGCUCUUCGACAAAGUUCGAGGCCACGACAUUAAGCUGCUACGCUACCUCUCUGUCCGCUACAUCUGUGACCUCAUGGUGGAGAACAAGAAGGUUAAGUUUGGCCUAAAUGUCACGUCCUCUGAGAAGGCAGACAAGGUCCAGCGCUAUGCAGACUUCACCCUGCUCUCUGUGCCUUACCCAGGUUGUGAGUUUUUUAAGGACUACAAAGACAGAGACUACACAGCAGAGGGUCUAGUGUUCAACUGGAAGCAGGACUAUGUGGACGCUCCUCUGACAAUCCCUACGAGCUUUACUCACAACCUCAACAUCGACUGGACUCGAUACCAGUCGUGGGACCUGGUGGAGCAGACCCAGAACUACCUGAAGCUCCUGCUCCACAUCAUCAACAGUGACGAUGAGAGCGGUCUCCUGGUGCACUGUAUAUCGGGCUGGGACCGUACGCCUCUUUUUGUGUCCCUUCUCAGGCUCUCCCUGUGGGCAGAUGGCGCCGUGCACGCCAACCUGGAGCCUGCACAGAUCCUGUAUCUGACCAUUGCUUACGACUGGUUCCUCUUUGGUCACAUGCUGCCAGAUCGACUCUCCAAAGGGGAGGAGAUUUUCUUUUUUUGCUUCAAUUUUUUGAAGCACAUUGUCUCAGAGAAGUUCUCAGCUGUGAAGAAACAAAGACGGAAGAACUCCCACUUGAGAGACAGUGAUUUCACUGUGGAAGAUCUCUGCCAGUUGAAGCCCAAGGACCGCGGCAGUGUGACCAGUCUGAGCAGCGACUUCUCCCUCAUCACUGAGGAGGCGGGCGCUGCCUCCAGCCUCACCAGCGACACUGUGGACCUGUUCCCCAGCCAACCCCAGCCCUCCAGCUGGAGAAAAGGCCCGGCCUCCUCUCCUCAGAUGGUUGUUUGGAAUAAAGCCCACCCUCUGGACGAGCACUUCUCCCAUCCACUCACUGAGGCCAGGUCUUCCAGCUCCUCCUCCUCCAACCAAUCGGAACACGGUGCCACACGCAUUGGCAGCAGCCCAUUGGCUGUCCCUGGAAGAAGGUUAGCAGCAGACUACACCCGGUCAGGUUCCUCCCUCUCUACAGAGUAUGGCAGUUGGCAGAUAGUUUCGGGUUGUGGCAGCAUCCAUGACCAUGCUCACUUCCCUCCCCCUCUGGCCUCAGCCUUCUCCAGCUCGUCUGCUGUGGCUGCUGCCUACGACUGCCCUCUGCCCUUCAGUUUUCAGGAUGAAGGACCCAGUGGACGCAUGUGUCCCCUCCCCUCUGAGCGCCAGGCCCGUCUGGAGGCGGUGCGGGAAGUCUUCCUGGCCGCCUACAGCUCCACUGUUGGCCUCAAGUCGUCGGCACCCAGCCCCUCGGGCGCCAUAACCGGUCUGCUGGAGCAGUUUGCCCGUGGGGUUGGCCUCCGGGGCACCAGCGCCAUCGUCUGACUCCCUUAAUGUGACUUCAGACCGUCCUCCUGCUUCCAUCUAUCCAUCUAUCCAUCCACAGUCAACGCAGCAUGCCUGGACUAGAGGACAAUAAAGUGCCAAACCUCUCUUUUCAAUUGUGAAGCAUUGAUUUUUAUCUUGUUGAUUUUGGUUUUUAAACCUUAUGUGCUUAGAU